GGCGCACGGAGCCCGGCCCUCCGAGCCGGCGCCCGCACUGAUUGGCGCUCGCGGUCGGCCUCCAGCUAGCUCACCUGCCCCUCCCAGCCAAUCGGGGCCACCAGAAUUGGGGCUGUCGCGGGGAGCUGGGGGAGAUGCUGCCGGCUGGAGGCUGAGCCGCCCUCCCCGCGGAGUUCCCGCCCGGCCCGCCCCAACCGCGAGUCCCAGCCGCGGGCUGCGCGCCCCGCGUCCCCUCGGCGCAGCGCUCCCCGCCCCGCGCGCUUUCGGGCAGCGGGUCCCGGCCCGGGCAGCUCCGCGUCUCUGCUGGCUGGAACGCGCCCCGACGGCGCCUCCCCGCAGCCUUCCGCCGCGCGCCCAGCCCUCGCCCGGAGCCCCGCGUCUGUGCCGGCCCCGGGGAGUGGGUGGGCCCGGCCCGGGGCAGCAGCGCCGAGGCAGGAUGUUCACGUCCAAGUCCAACUCGGUGUCGCCCUCGCCGUCCCUGGAGCAGGCUGACUCGGACGCGCUGGACAUCAGCACCAAAGUGCAGCUCUACGGUGUGCUGUGGAAGCGGCCCUUCGGGAGGCCGUCGGCCAAGUGGUCCCGGCGGUUUUUCAUCAUCAAAGAGAGCUUUCUUCUUUACUACUCUGAGAGCGAAAAAAAGAACUUUGAAAGCAAUAAAUACUUCAAUAUACAUCCUAAGGGCGUCAUCCCCCUGGGAGGCUGCCUGGUGGAGGCCAAGGAAGAACCCAGCAUGCCCUAUGCCAUGAAAAUCUCCCACCAGGACUUCCAUGGCAACAUCUUGCUGGCUGCUGAGUCCGAAUUUGAGCAGACCCAGUGGCUGGAGAUGCUACAGGAGUCCGGGAAGGUGACUUGGAAGAAUGCCCAGCUGGGAGAAGCCAUGAUCAAAAGCCUGGAGGCCCAGGGGCUGCAGUUGGCCAAGGAAAAGCAGGAGUAUUUAGACAAACUGAUGGAGGAGACGGAAGAACUCUGCCUUCAGAGGGAGCAGAGAGAGGAGCUUGAGCGCCUUAACCAGGUGCUGGAGGCCGAGAAGCAGCAGUUUGAGGAGGUGGUGCAGGAGCUGAAAAUGGAACAGGAGCAGAUCAAAAGGGAGCUAGAACUGACUGCAAGAUGCCUCAAGGGUGUGGAGCAAGAGAAGAAGGAGCUGAGGCACCUUACAGAGUCCUUGCAGCAGACGCUGGAGGAACUCUCCAUGGAGAAGAAGAAAACCCUGGCAAUGCUGGAGGAGAAUGAGAACCAGCUGCAGACACUGGCCAAUCAGAGUGAGCAGCCCCCUCCCAGUGGGGGUCUCCACAGCAACCUGAGGCAGAUAGAAGAGAAGAUGCAGCAGCUCUUGGAGGAGAAGCUCCUGGCUGAGAAGCGGAUGAAGGAGAACGAGGAGCGCUCUCGGGCCCUGGAGGAGGAGCGGGAGUUCUACUCGAGCCAGUCCCAGGCGCUGCAGAACUCGCUGCAGGAACUGACCGCAGAAAAGCAGCAGGCUGAGCGGGAGCUCAAGGCCGAGGUGAAGGUCCGCAUGGACCUGGAGAGGCGUCUGCGGGAGGCAGAGGGGGCCUUGCGGAGCCUGGAACAAGGGCUCAACUCCAAGGUGCGGAACAAGGAGAAGGAGGAGAGGAUGCGGGCUGACGUGAGCCAUCUGAAAAGGUUCUUCGAGGAGUGCAUCCGGAACGCGGAGCUGGAGGCCAAGAUGCCGGUCAUCAUGAAGAACUCCGUGUACAUCCACAAGGCGGCCACUCGCCGCAUCAAGAGCUGCCGCUUCCACCGGCGCCGGUCCAGCACCUCCUGGAAUGACAUGAAGCCGUCCCAGUCUUUCAUGACCUCCCAGCUGGAUGCCAACAACAUGGAAGAGCUGAAAGAGGUGGCCAAGAGGCUCAGCCGGGACCAGCGCUUCCGAGAAUCCAUCUACCACAUCAUGGCAAGACAGCCAGGAGCCCCCUCGGUGAUUGCCCGGGGUGGAAAGUGAGGAGCGGGCCUUCCCUGCCUCCCAGGUCUUUCCUCAGUAGGGGAAGGGGUGGCAGGGGGAGGUCUGACUCUACCUGGCACCUCUCUGCCCUCCUCUGGGCCAGGGCUCCACCUGGCGGCCAGCCUCCCCCUCAAAGGCCGGGGACGGCACCUCCCUCACCCCCACCCGAGACCCUACCCCUGGGUUUACAGCAGGCCCAAACAGGCCCAAGCUGGGUGCUGCCUGGUGCUCACCUGCUGCUCACCUGGUGAGGCCAGGAGGGGCCUGGCUGCGCUUGGAGACCUUCGGGUUGGGGAGUGGGGUAGGCAGGGCCCACAGCCCUUUCUUGUGCCCGCUACAUCUCUGUGAUGUUGCCUCUCUGGCCUCCCCUCCACACCUUGACACCUGCUUCCGCCAGGGGUUCCUAACCCUUUCUUUGCUUCUGAGACCCAUAGAUAUGUCUCAGCCAAGGCCGCUCACUUCUACCACAUCUUGGGGCAGGGAGGGACCUAUCACAGUGACUUUUGGGUUUGUGGCAUAGCACACUUGCCAUAGUGUCUCCUUUCCUAAGGUUGGGCCCUCACUGAGGGGCUAACCACUCGCUCCUCUCCCCAGCUGAGUUCACCCGCCUGCAGCUGCAGCUGGUUUGGAGGGUGAUGUGACCCUGCCCCUUCCCUCCCAUAUCCCUCCUGCUGGGUACCUAGGGCCCAGGGCCCUGGCUGGGAUCUGGGGCCAGCAGCAAUUCUGAGGACUCUCUCAGAGGACAAGUAGUAAGCCGGGGGGCAGGGGGGGGGAACAAGGUGGCAUUGUUUACUCCUGGUUGGAUAGGGAGGCAGCUGCCUCUGGCUGUGGGGCCCCUCUUGGUUUGUGGGAUCACAGAUGUCCCCCUCUGAGCUGCGCCUGCUUUAGCCACCUUGCCUCCUCUCCCUGCGGAGGCUUUACCCAGUGAAGCAAUAUGACCCUGGAAGAUGAAGGGCCUGGACCUGUAAUAAGGCCAGUAGCUGUUGGUGGGCCCCAUGUCAUCAGGUGAAGCUGAAACACCCUGCAGGUGGUCUGUGGGGGGCAUCCCUCUGCCGGAGACAGUCUGCUCGCCUCUUUUCCUAGCCACACCCUCCAAAGCUGCCUGGGUCUACUGAUCUCUCCAGAAAAGGGGGUCUACCAGGGAUCAGGGUGCUCAUGGUCACUGGUGGUAUUAAAGGUGCUGAUCCUCUGCUGCUUGGCAAACAGAGCGAGGAGCCCAGUCUAAGCGGCGCACAGAUGCCUCAGAAGGCUGCAGGGCACGCCCCAGCAGAGGUGCUGUCCCCCCACGCCCCUCAAAAUACAUGCAUAUCUGCUGGACGGCCAGCCCAGGCCAGGCCGCGGUGCCCUGCUCUGUGCUCACGGAUGCCCGGUGAAGUUAAGGGGGACUCAGCUAAAGUCCUGGGUGGACUCUGAUAGCUUCAGCCAGUCUCUGCAGAAUCUGGGUGGGGACAGGGGCAGAGGCACUUAGAAUGGAUGCAUCUGAAAAGGGAUGAGUUUAAAUGUAAAAACUUCAAACAUGUAGAAACCUGCAUAAACUUGGAACUCAUUUAUCUAACAUGGAUAGAGGAUGGACUUUGAAAUGAGGAGGAAGUUGUAUACAAUCAAGAUUACUGUUUUUUUUUUUUUUUUAAAGAAUUAGAUUAAUAAUGGUUUGCUCUUGGAGAAAUAUCUUUUGGAAAUUUUCAAAUACAUGUUCCCCCCAGGCAAGCUAUUAACCAGAAUAGAAAGUGUUUUUCCGUGCACAGUCACCAAUCCCUAGUUCUUUUCCUCCCAUUUCACCCUGUACUUUCUAUGCCUCAGGCAAGUCUGGUUUAUCUUCAACCAACUGAUCAGUCCACAAGUAUUUAUUUGUUAAAAGCUCACUAUGUACCUAACACUGUAAAUAGAAAAAGAGCAACAUCUCUAUAUGAAAAUGUAUCACAGUGGAAACUACUUAUUGGGAAUGUAUUAAUCUGAUUAAAAAAACAAAAACAAAAAAACAAAAAAAACCCAAACCCGUACUCCUUGGCCAAUUAAAUGGGUUUCCUGCA